GUCAGUGCUCUCUUCAUUCAGCAUUGCUGCAUCGAGCCCGUUUGGGUUGUUGAGUCGUCGGGCGCCGGAGUCAAGUCUCAGCUGUUCCUUUCGUGGCUCUUGGGCGUCUGGCAAGUCGGGCCUGUCCUUGACCCGAGCUCCGCCGAGGCGGCCGAGAGUGGAGCAAAGCUGGUCUCGUUCGGCCCGCGACAAAGUGAGGCCGGCGUCGGCAAGCGCAAAGUCUCCGUCAGGACACGGCUCAUGUUUUGUGCGGAAAAGCAGCCGCACUCUUUGCUCGAGACAGAACCUUCCGCCGAGCCCAGUCUAGCUAUGCAUUGGGAGCCCGGCCAAUGGUACAUUAGGGUCACUAAGACGACCUCACUUAGUCCUCUGCGUCGUGCUACAGUUGACUGCGAAAGUGCAUGCCUGCCUCAGGCCAGUUUACAGUCGAAUCGGCGUGACUGCAGAUGA